AUGGCGGCCCCCGUGCCGGACAGCAUUCAUCACCAAGAUGGCCGACAGCAGUUAAGUGCAUGUGACGUCAUUGUGCGUGUGUAUAAUGACGUCAUGCGUGCACCCAACGACAUCACACGCGUGCGUGACGUCAUCCCAGCUGGUGACACAUGGCAGCCGCACAGCGUGACACCACUCAUGGCGGACGCCCCUGUCAAGCCCUCAAAUGGCUGUGAAACGGUUGAUGAAGAAGCCGCGGACAUAACGGAAUCCCAUGAUAUUCCCCAACAACUGUGCGACAACAACGAAUCGCAGAAAGAUGAGCCCUCAAAAGAUGCAAAUUCCAGUAUCCCGGCAACACAUCCUGAGGGCUGGACGAAGAUCACUAAAUGCAGAAAAACUGGGAAAACGGCGGGGAGGGUUGAUGUGGUAUUUUUAAGCCCUCAAGGAACCAAGCUUCGAUCAAGAACUGCUGUCCUAAAAUAUCUCAACACCCAUCAUGUCCAGAUAAACCUGCAAGAUUUUGACUUCUCAGUUCCUUCUCAGAUACAAAGGUCCAAAACAAGUGUUGUCACAGAAUGCAAUAAUAAGAAUAAUGGAGAUAGUUCAGCCACCCUGAGUGUCGUGACAGAAGAAUACACAGCACAGCCUGUAGACCCUGCUGAGGACACACAAAUCACAGAAGAGGAUCCGUUUAUUGUGGAUGAGGAUGACAGAAAUACAACAUCAAUUAAAUCUUUUGGCAGGAAGAGAGUCCAGAGUCACAGGAAAGGACCAGAAAGAGCCUUGAAGGAUGUUAUCAGGAUAAAAAGGCCAAGAAAAUAUUCUUCCACUAAACCAGAGACGCAGACAAAACAGAGAAAAUACAGGAGAAAGAACAUUGUUUCCAAAAAUCCCAAUGGAGGAGCAAGUGAAGCAAGCACAUUAAGCGAAAGUCAAUUACAAGACUCACAGCAGCAGCUUGAUCAUAAUAAGGCAGAUGAUCCCACAGACGUCUCUGACCCAGUGCUGGUGACAGAGGACACAGAAGAUCCGACAUCCACACCAAUGCUGGAGAGACAACCUGAAACCGAGAACCGGAAAACGGGCAGCAAUUCCAGUGAUGACGACUCGUUAACGUCUUCUGGGAAUUCAAAGGAUUCCAUCACAAGAUCACAGGUGGAUAAAAGAAAGACCAGCCCCUACUUCUCCAAGAAAGCCACAAAAGAUGCUCUGGAUCCCCCAAGACGAAAAGCUUUCUCCAAAUGGACACCCCCUCGUUCGCCCUUCAAUUUAGUUCAGGAAACGCUUUUCCACGAUCCGUGGAAGCUUCUCCUCGCCACCAUCUUCCUGAACAAGACCUCCGGGAAGAUGGCGAUUCCGGUCCUUUGGAGCUUCCUGGAAAAAUACCCAAAUGCGGAAGUUGCCCGGAUGGCAGACUGGAAGGACAUGGCAGAAAUCCUGCAGCCUCUGGGACUCUAUGAGCUGCGAGCGAAAACCAUUGUGAGGUUUUCAGAAGAAUAUCUCACCAAAAAGUGGCGUUAUCCGAUCGCGCUCCACGGCAUCGGGAAAUAUGGGAACGAUUCUUACCGAAUCUUCUGCGUGAACGAAUGGAAAGAGGUUCAGCCGGAGGACCACAAACUGAACAAGUAUCAUGACUGGCUCUGGGAGAACAAGGACAAGCUGGGUCUGGACUGAAGAAUGGGCGCU